CCCGUGGGCGGGAGCGCGCGGCUCGUCGCCGCCGCCGGGCUGCCAGGCACGGCUCGGCGCGGCUCGGCUCCGCUCGGCUCGGAGCCCCCCGCGCCGACAUGGACGGGGGAGCCUUCGGAGCGGGCAAAGCCGGCGGCGCCUUCGACCUGAACGCCUUCAUCCGGCAGCCGCAAACCCUCCUGCGGCUCGUCUCGUGGGUGUUCUCCAUCGUGGUGUUCGGCUCCAUUGUCAAUGAAGGGUAUGUGAACCGUGCAGAUGAGACACAAGAGCACUGCAUUUUCAACCGUAAUCGCAAUGCCUGCAACUAUGGCAUUACCGUGGGUGUCCUCGCCUUCCUCAGCUGCCUUCUUUACCUGGCUCUGGAUGCCUACUUCCCGCAGAUCAGCAGCGUCAAGGACCGCAAGAAGGCAGUGCUCUCAGACAUCGGAGUCUCAGCCUUUUGGGCAUUCCUCUGGUUCGUUGGCUUCUGCUUUCUGACCAACCAGUGGCAGGCUUCAAAAGAAGAGGACAACCCAAUGAAUGAGGGAGCGGACGCAGCCCGAGCAGCCAUCACGUUCUCAUUCUUCUCCAUCUUCACCUGGGUGGGCCAGGCGUUCCUGGCAUAUCAGCGUUUCCGGCUGGGUGCCGAUUCAGCCCUCUUCUCCCAAGACUACAUGGACCCAAGCCAGGACUCCGGCAUGCCUUACGCUCCCUAUACGAAUGAGGAGGAUGCUUCAGAUGCGGUGGGGACGUACCAGCAGCCCCCUCCGGCAGAUGCUUUCGACACCGAGACACAGGGUUACCAAACGCAGAACUACUGAGCCACCGAUGCCCCUUUCCCUUCCCCUUUUCCUUCUGCCCCCUUUCCCACUGCCGGCAGAAAGCCGAGGCACAAACCAGACACGUGCGUAGUGGCACAAGAGGUGGCUCUCAGCUAUGCUCCAGCCUUCUGGGUCAUCUGUUUUUAUUUAUCAUUUUUAAAAAAGGAAAAAAAAAAAAGAAAAAAAGGUUUCCCCACCACCUCUUCCUUCUCCUCCCCACCAAAACUACCUGCUAGAACCAAAUUCUUCCAAAAUCUGUCACUUCAUUGUGACAGGAAGGUUCUCCCUUCCCUCCUCUCCCUCCUGUCUUGCUGUGGAGGGCAGAGUCUGGAUAGUGGGCAGGAGAGUGGCUACAACACCAGCAGGGCAGGAGAGAGGGUGUUGGGAGCAGAGGGGAAGGAGUGAGGGGGACUGGGAGCCUUCCUAGAAGAGAUGGUGUCGCUAAAGGCUGGAGUAGAUAUGGGAGCAUCUGAAUCAGGCCAGAGGGCCUGAUGUCUCAGGGAGGAAAAUGGUGUUACAGUCAGCAUGCAGUCGUGCAAGCAUGGAGAGGAGUGGGAAUGGCAUCCCCCGUGCAAAGACAGGGAAGUUUUUCUCUCCCACCCACUUGUGAGGGAGAGAUGAUUUAUUUUUAGAGGGUUUGGGGAGAAAUGGUAUUGGAAGGGGGAGCACAAAGAGCUAAAAUGAGAAGGGAAGGAGGAAGAUAAACAAGUACAAUCAAAAAUCACCGGCCUGUCUGUAGGUAACAGCAGGAGACGCGGCAGAGCAGAGGGGCAGUGCCAUGAAAUUUGCUCCUUUCCCAAACCCCUUGGAUUGAGGUGGAGGUGGUUCCGCUUGCCUGUAUGCCCAGCUCACCAGUUUCCUCAGACCUAUGUUUAGUGAGGCAGGAUGGGGAGCCAUACCCAGUCCCUGGCUCCCAGGCACAGUCCCUAUGGGAGGAAGGAUGGAGGAGGUUUGCCUCUAUGGAGUCCUGAGAGCUCCUGUCUCCUGCUGGGUUGGUUUGAAGCGGGGAGGAGAGCUUUGCCAUUUCACCCUGGGCAGGAGGAGAAGAAAGCUAGUUUCACUCCUCAGGUCUUGCUGAACCCUCCUCUGUUCUUCUGCUACGAGACUGCAAAGCCUCUUUCUGACACUAUCUUUGUAGCAUAGGAAAGGAGCAGGACUCCCCUGGAAAGAAAUACUGCUGCUGGGACGGCCAGCGUGCUUCUAGCUGCUGCACAGGAGUGCAACCAAGUGGAGAAGGCUCCUUGCCCACACAGCUGUGCUUUGCCUCCUGCUUGGAUGGAGAGGAGGUUUUGGUGUGCAGAGAACUUGUUGGGCCCAGGCUGAGCUCUCUGAAAACUAGUCUUAUUCUGCUUUACAUCGACUCUACCUUAGUGAGUCUCCUCCAGCAUCUCAGAUCCUGACUGUCUCCAGAGCCUCGCCUAGAUGGCAGUAGUGUCUCUCAGACAGAGCUCGUAUGGAAACCAUUCCACAAUGCUCCUGGCUGUGCUUCAAGUAAAGACACAGCUGUGGAAACACAUACUUUAUUCCAGGAUAAAAGUAGGGUGUAUCUGUGAAGAUGGUGCCUAGAGGGAAAUAAAGCAGCAAUAGCUACCUGGACAAUUCUCUCCAGCACAGACAUCUCUCAGAGCACAGUAGCAGAGUUCAGGAGUAGAUCCAAAAUCCAUAGGUGCUCUCCCUGAGAGUCCAGCUUGUUCUCUGUAGCACCCUUAGGAGUUGGGAGAAUGAGACCCAGGUCUGGCAUGUGGUUGUGUGAGCAUCUCAUGUGGAAAACGCUGAGUUUCCUUCCCCUCUCCAGUGCUACUCCUCACCAGUUGCACCACAACAACAGGGAAGGGGUAGAAACAACAGGGAAGGGGUAGAAACCGUAGAGCUGCAAGCCCUAAGAGGGAAGGGAGGGCAGUUCUCUGCUAUAUAUAGGCACUGUUUCUACCUGCUCCUACCAGCAGGCUUGUGCUGCCGGUGGCUGUCCCUGUGGGUUGUCCUCCCUGUGGGUUGUCCUUCCCACAGUUUGCCCCAGCUUGCUGGGCAACCACUGGUUAGGUGGUAACCACUGGUGGCAACCACUGGUGAAGAUGGGAAAGGGGGACCUGUGGAUGCACCAGGAGGAACUAGGCACACAUCCCUCACUCUGUGGCUGUGAGUGAAAGCAAUACUGUAAAUAGCAGGGGUAUUUUUUGAAGGGAAGCCCUUCAGGCUUCUUUUUCUGUGGGCUUAGCCUAAUAUUUAGGCUUGGGAGGGGGUUACUUUAUUGAGAGAGGUUUGUUAUGACCGUGGCUGGGGGUGAGCUCCCUCCAGUCCAUCUCUCCCACCAGAGGAGAGGAAAGAAUGCUGAGGUUGAGGCGGAGAAAAAUUAGUUGUACUCACUCAGGUUCAUGUGUGUCAUCCUUCAUGCUUUUGUUUUGAGUGUGUGGGGGACCAAGAGGAGAAGGAGUCUGUAAAUAGCUAGCCCUCAGCAGAAAAAUGCGUGGUGCUUUUUUGGGAGGAACUGCCCAUCACCUGUCCCCUCUUCUUGGUGAGGGUGUGAGGGACCGGGUGCAUGAGGAGAGGUACAGGCCAUAUUGGGGGGGGUGUGUGUCUCCUUGGGGCUCUGUUUUGGGGUGUAGCACAGAAACAUCUUACAUGCCCCUUCUCCAGAGUUAUGUAGAUGGCUAAACAUCAUUGGGGGCUGACUCAUGAUUAAGAUUUUCUUUACCCUCUUUGGCUUGCUCCUCUCAUGUAACCAGCUGAUAGGCUCCGGUGGGUUUGAAGUAGGAAUGAGCCUCCCCCUCAGAGCCGGCACAUCAGUGAGAGAUGAGACAGUUGGCUUCCUGCUGGGUUACUGCCCACCACUCUGUCCCUUUCCUCCUUGUUUUGCAUUAUAGGAAAGGCAGGAGACACUAUAACAGUAGAUUCUCUGGCAACUUCUUGCUUUUGCUUGUGGGAGGAGACAUACUCUCCUUGCGUUGACUUGCUUUCAGCUUUCGCAGUGUUGAUGGGGACAGACUUGAGGGUGGGACUCUCCUUGUUUGCUGGUAGCUCUUUAAAAUGCAAUUUCUAGAGGCAUUUGGCCGGUGCUGCAGCUGAUGAGAGAUACAGACCUACCCAAAGGGUUGGUUGUCUUAUCUUCUGAUAAGGUUCUGCCUCUUUCUGGUGAUCAUAGGCGAGGCCUGAGCAGCUGCCUGGAACAUGUCCCUUUUAGAUCCUAAACAUGGGUGAGAUCAGCCCCACUCUAGGGAUUAGGAGAUCAGAGGGAAGGCUGUAUAAGCAAAACGAUAAGGCGGCUUUCUUCCCCUUCUGCCAUUUGUUCGGAUUACAGAGGAUUACGCAUUCCCCGUUGGGAGCAAUGGCCCCUUGAUGUCUUAUCUUCUGAAGCCCCCAAGAUAGGGACUAUUUUGUAGAAGUAGGGGCUGUGAAGGGCAAAAGAAUGAUGAAACUUUGCCCCAGUUCUACCUGUGUCUUCAGUCUCCUAAUGUGUCCCCAUCCCAGGCUUACCCAUGUCCCCACCACACUGUUCAUCACCUCAUCGCACACCCUUCCCUUCCACGUCAUUCCUGGCAGUUCCCUCAGGGGAGGAGGCAUUUUUGCCCCUGCAACCUGGCAAGCACUUGAGAGGAUCCGGGAAGGCAGUGUUGCAGGGUGGUUCCCACAGGAGUCUUGGCUCCAGUCCCCAGAGCAGGUACAAUGCAAGGAGCCCAGCAAGGCCACCUCAUGCAGCAAGUCCAAACCAUCCAUCCAGAGAACUGACUCCCUGCUGCAUGUGUGGCAUCUGUAAUACCACCUGGGCUGCCCUGCCCCUUCCCCUGCCACAUUACUGCCUGUGUAUAGUAUAUAUAUUAUAUAUAUAUAUAUUUAAAAAGAUGUAUAAUAUAAAGCUAUACAUAUAUACUUAUAUACGAUGACUCAUGGAUGGCCUGCUGCAUACAGGAUCCCCUGAGUGGUCUUGUCUAAGCCCGAGUGUCCCUUCAUCCCCCUUCCCCCUCCACCCCUUGCCCCUGUCUGUUCCAAAAUCCAACUACAGUGAAUCCUGCCACCUUGGCACCUGUGUUUACAAUGUCCUAUAUAUUUGUGGUUAACAAAGUG